AUGGAUCUUGGACACUACACCAUUCCUCCAUCUUCGUCCAUUUCUUCUCCUGCUUCCCAACCUCCUCUCCCUCACUCCCGAUCUACCAGACUCCCGUCUUCGUCCCCUCCUUCUGCAUCCCCCAAUUCUCCCUCCGGCUCAGAAGGUCGCGAAAAAAAGCGUCGACGAACGAUUCGUGGUGAAAAUUCAGAGACUCCUGAGUUUAUCGAUUCCGAGGAAGAACAACCCGUUGAAUCAAUCGAUCUGACAGAAGUUGACAAACCUUCGGCUCUUGACAAAGUUUUGGCCAAGCAAAGAGAGGAUGCGGUCAAGGCUCAGCAUGAUGGAGAGUCGGAGAAAGGGCGGUCAUUACUGACUGCUUACAAGUGUCCCGUGUGCAUGGACACGCCGGAGGAUGCGACGACCACGGUUUGCGGGCACCUCUUUUGUCAUCGGUGCAUUAUUGAUACUCUCAAAUUCAGCGAGGAACAACGCGCGGAUUCCGCCACAAAAGGUCCCCGGGGGACAUGUCCUGUAUGUCGGAAACCACUGGCUCGGAAGGACGAAGCAGGGCCAAAGAGAAGCUUGGUUCCGCUCAAACUACAGCUCACAAAAAGAAGUCGAACCUCGAUACCAGCGGACGUGUAA